UUUCAUUUUAUUUGUCAAUUACUCACUACUCUACAGUCAGAAUAAACAUUUAGAUCGUAGCUACACUUAACACUUUACUUCUCAUUUUACCGCCUAUAAAUUGUAUCUACUGUAUUUGCUUGGUGUUUACUUUUAUCAAUUAUUUGUUUUUUAUAAAUACUACGACUUAAUUAUUCAUUUUAUUGUUUAAUUCCUCAUAAGUGUUUUGAAUGUGUUAAUAGUUAUGAUAGGGAAAUUUAAAUGCGUUUUAGUUUUAACCAUCCUGUUUUGGAAUUGCAUUGAUGUUGAUGGCUAUCAGAAUGAUUAUCAAUUAUUACUAAAAGAUAAUGGUCCAGUUACUACAGGCUCAAACAUUACUUUGAACGCCACUAUUGUUGACUCUAAAGGAAUAUGUGUUAAAGGAAGUCUGACUUUUCGUUAUGAAGAUGAUGCAUUCCCAAGACAUAUUUUAAGUACGACUAUUAAAAAUUGUGUGGCAAUAUUCUACAUACCAUUUGGGACAACAAUUGGUGCUUCAAGUUAUAGAUAUCUAGUUGAAGUUUCAUUAGAAUUAAUACCAUUUAUCAAACGUCCAAUAGCCAGUGGCCGUGGAGAGUUAACUGUUACAGAAAAUUUAAAUGGUCAACUUCUGCUGUUCCAAAAUAAUACCAAUAUUAUAAAACACUCUCCCCAGACUACUUAUGUGUCUUCUAGUAUAGAAACUUUACAAAAAGUUAAACUUAAUGAUGCUGAUUUUGAAUAUCUUAAUAAAAGUAAUAGUUUUAUUACAGUUUACUGGUUUAUUGACUGUAUAUACCAAGGAAAUACCACAAACUUUACCUUUUCUACUAAUUAUACUAAAUCAGACAUUCAACAUGAAGUUCUUAGCAUUGUAGUUGCAGAUAUUGAUAAAAAUAAAACCUCAACUGCACUCGUACCCCCAGUCGUAACUGCUACAGUCAGUCCAAACAUGAGUACUAUUACCUCUACCAUUUCUGACACUACUGUUGUUUCUAAUAUUUCUGCUUCUACCAUGGAUGUUACUGCUACUACUUCUACAGUAGUUACAACAACAACAACAACAACUACAUCACCUUCUAAAAUGUAUGCUAAGUUUCCUCUUAGUGUAAUUGAUUCAACUUAUACAUCAGAGUGUCAACAAAAAAAACACAUUGAUUUAUUAUUAUCUGUUGUUCAAUUAGAAAAUCAGCAAAAAUAUGGAUAUUUUAGUCAGACUAUAUUUGUUAAAGAUCCUAUAAAAAAUGUGAAAAUUCAAGGUAAUGUAUGGAUUCAAGAAGGUGAAAUGUUAAACCUUCAGGUUAGUUGUAAUGGUAGUGGUCCAUUUCGUUACUGUGCACACUAUGUACAAGGACCAUACAAUGUAACCGGUAAUGAAGUUUGUCCAUCUGAAAAAAAUCUAAUUCUAUGCCAAAUGCAGUUCUUUCACUAUUUACGAGAGCCUACUAAUUAUACAUUAGUUGUCAUCACAGCUAAUGAUGUUUCUAAAAUUGUAACACCUAUUGGAAUUAAUAUCUAUAAAGUAAAAAAACAACCACAAAUUUCUGUCAUUGUUGUACCUGUAACUUUCAGUUCUAUUGCAGUGAUUAUUAUUGUAUUUGGAAUAGCUUACUAUUUUCAAAAUAGAUCAAGGUAUAUGGUAGAGGUAGCAGAUUUUGAUUUUGCUAAUAAUUCUGAUAUGGAAUGCAAAACAUUUAGAGAACGUUUACGUGAUGCUAUCAGUCAAGCUAUUAAUCGUACUCAGGACUAUUCAGAAUAUGAUGGUAGUGAAGAACAAAUUGGUAGUUUGGCUGCUCCUCAGAAUCAAAAAUAUGGUAGUAUGCAAUGACCAAGUACCAUAGUCGGCCCAAGCAGAUGUAAUGUCUAAAUUAUUAUACAUUGGGCUGAUUUGAAUUAUGAUUGUAGUGCAUUUUUGCUACUGUUCCUUUUUAAAAGAAAUAUUGAUAAAUAAUUUUUUUGCAUUCCAAAUAUUUUAGUUUAAUCUAAAUAUAAAAUAAAAUAAA